AUGGCAUCUUCUGGUUGCAGUUUGAGCUUACCAACAACAGCAGCUUACAUUUCCUCGAAAACCCAGUUCGUCUUUGGCUUGAAAUCCAAGAAAUUUGUAUUGAAUUCCCGAUCUUUGGCCAAACCCAAGAGGCUCUACUUCUCUGUUCGUGCAAUGGGUUCAUCUGCUUCUUCACCAGACAGAAGUUCUCAAGAGACAGGUGUGGUUGACUAUAAAUCUGUAAGUGAUCAAGAAUGGAAGAAGCGGCUUACCCAGGAACAGUUUUACAUCACUCGUAAAAAGGGAACAGAGAGGGCUUUCACUGGGGAAUACUGGAAUACCAAAACUCAAGGAACUUACCAUUGCAUAUGUUGUGACACACCUCUAUUUGAAUCAUCUACCAAAUUUGAUAGUGGAACCGGUUGGCCAUCUUAUUACCAGCCGAUAGGAAACAAUGUGAAGUCCAAGUUAGACUUGUCUAUUAUAAUCAUGCCUCGCACGGAAGUUCUUUGUGCCGCAUGUGAUGCUCAUCUUGGCCAUGUCUUUGAUGAUGGACCACCACCCACGGGAAAGCGUUACUGUAUAAACAGUGCCUCUCUGAAACUAAAACCAGAGUAG